CUUUGUUCGGCUGCUGCGGGGAUUGUAAAUAAUAGCCCAGCAAACAUGGCUGACAUCGUUCCCUGCUUACAGAGCUAGCUCUCUGGCUAACAUUUGUGAAUUUUUUUCUACAUGUGUAGGUUUUGCAGUUUGCAUGGCUACGGCCCUUUUCAAAUGUGUGGCGAGCCUUAUUUUGUGUUCUCCUGGGAUAAUUACGACCUCUGCAGUCGAUAAAGGUUAGCUGAGGUUUUACAAGCCCUUGUAACAAAAGUAAAAGACUGGAUACCUGCCAUCACCUGCCAGAGCCCUGAGUGGGCUGCUGACACCAGAUUGGAUGAUUGGAUUGUCUGCCAACAAUUUUUUUCCUCUUUCACCCCAUUUUCACUACACCCAUUUUUUAAUCAUUUGAAAGAUUUGAAUUUAUAUUUUCACCCUAGUUUGGCAGCAAGGCUGCUCCCCUACAUCCAGAUGAAUGAAGACCCCAUUCGGGAAGAACGCAGGCCAGAGAUCCAGAGCUGAUUCAGGACAUGCCGGUGUGUCUGCAAAUAUGAUGAAGAAAAAGAAUUCCCACAAAAAACACAAAAGCACUGUGGGGCCAACCAAAGUGUCCCAGCCCCGGCGAAACAUAGUGGGCUGCCGCAUCCAGCACAUCUGGAAAGAGGGCAGUGGAGCAGCGUCCCAGUGGAAGGGUACAGUGUUAGACCAAGUGCCGGUCAACCCAUCCCUCUAUCUAAUCAAGUAUGAUGGGUUCGACUGCGUAUAUGGUCUGGAGCUGCACAAGGAUGAGAGGGUGCAGGGGUUGGAAGUCCUGCCGGACCGUGUAGCUUCCACACGCAUCAGCGACGCACAUCUGGCUGACACGAUGAUAGGCAAGGCGGUGGAGCACAUGUUCGAAACGGAGGAAGGCUCAAAGGAUGAGUGGCGGGGCAUGGUGUUGGCCCGUGCACCGAUUAUGAACACAUGGUUUUAUAUCACUUAUGAAAAGGACCCGGUCCUCUACAUGUAUCAGCUGCUCGACGACUACAAAGACGGAGACCUGAGGAUCAUGCCAGAUUCGAACGAUUCUCCCCCGGCAGAGCGCGAGCCCGGAGAGGUGGUGGACAGCCUUGUGGGCAAGCAAGUGGAGUACGCUAAAGAGGAUGGCUCCAAACGGACUGGCAUGGUCAUACACCAGGUGGAGGCAAAGCCCUCCGUCUAUUUCAUCAAGUUUGAUGACGACUUUCACAUUUAUGUGUACGAUUUGGUGAAAACGUCGUAGGCAGGAGAACGGAGGAGGCCCAGGAGGAGACUGACUUCAGAUGUGAUCCACAAACUUGCUGCCAAAAGUCCUCAUGGAGCGUUUCUUUGCACCAUCUUUAACGGAGAUGCGGUGAUGGAUAUUUCACUGGAGCCUUCGAUUGCCACUAGUUAAGUGUCUUUAUUUCUCGUUUCCACACGAUGGGAUGGGUGUUGUUUUUGACAUGUUAUUCCCUAAACAAAAGUAGCUACAAUGUUCAUAUUGGUUUUUUUUAGUUGUUUUUUUUUUUUUUUUUAAGGGUUGUUCAUUCCUGUUGAAAAACAGGCGUACAUCAUUUCCACUUGGGAGAAUCGGGAGGUCGGCCUCCAGUUCUCACUUUUGAAUCGGGCACUUUUGAUGGCUGAGAGCCUUUACUCAGCCUUUAAUUGCUGAAAAUUUCACUCACUUUGAUGCAGUUCAUUAUAGCACACAGCAGUGAGGAUUGAAAAUCUCAGUUGCUCCCACCAAAUUACAUGCUACAAAUUUUUACUCAUCUGUUUGAUAGAUGAUGCAUAUUUGUAGUUGUUGCUCACCAGCUUAUUUCAUACUGUGCUGUUUGCUUGUUUUUGUUUGUUUGUUUGUUUUGUUUAGUUUUUUUAAAGAUAAAUUUCACGUUAUUCCAUGAUCUGUUUAUCUGUUGUAAGCACUAAUUGUUUGGCCUCUAUGACAUAUUGGAGCACUUAUUUAUCAAAAUUUAGCCACUGGUCUGAAAGCCAUUUUACAUGCAUUUAUUUUGGGGGAAAAUAGUGAACAGAAUUGAUUCUAUAGUUCUUGUGAUAUUCGGCUAUGGCACAUGGAUGCCUUCGUAACUGUGUUUUAAACGUGUUUUGCGAUUUGUAUUGCGUGCUAUUCGUGAAUGGCUCCCUACCUUCUCCAUUUUAUUAUGCAGUGUAUUUCAUUUCACCACAGCACAGUUAGAUUUUACACUUUGAUUGUAAUUGUUUCCAAACGAAUAUGCCUGGGGGUUUGGGGGGUCUUAAUUGGCCAAAUAUUCCAAAACGAUUCAAUUUUCUUAGUAGUAAUAUUAAGAAAAAACUGCAAUAAAUAAUAGAAGUGUUCAGGUAGUGUUUCGCAACUCAUUUGAAUCAUAUCUGAUAGAAACAAAUUUUAGCUUCUUACACAGUUAGCCUUUUGAGAUUGUUUGUUUGUUUUUUUUUUUUUUGUUUUGUUUUUUACAGUUGAAAUGUAUGUGCCUCGCUGUAAAUGAUCGUCUGCGUUUCAUAUCUGUCUUUUAUACGUCUCUGAGAGAGCUGUGUGUCUGAUGACCUGGGGGGCUUUUCUCUCCUCAGGAAUGUUGCAAUGUUUAAAGUAACACAUAGCAGCCACACAUGUUAGUCAUUACCUCAUGUCUUUUUUUUUCUUUUUUUUUUCCAUCCAUUCAACCAGCUAGACCUGUUCUGUUCAUUUUAAGCAGUGUUCACUUACUUGCAGUCCAAAAACACAGUAUACAAAUUAACAGAAUAACAAAUUGAAUUGAAUAAGGGCACGGAGAGAACACACUCAAUUCUAAUACACACGACGGCGUUAUUUCAACCAUAAGCAGUGGAAAUGAUGUCACAGCUGUUUAACCGUACAACCUUAAUGCAUAGCUUACCAAAAAAAACAAACAAACAAAAAAAAAAACACAAGCAUAAAACAAACAAAAAGAACUGCUGUUCAUUAAACCAUUGUGAUUCAUAAUCAAUAUCGGGGAAGAGAAAAAAAAAACCUUGUAUACACCUUCAGUAACCGUUGCAGCUUUGCGUACAUUUCAGACUUGUUUCAGCAGUGGCAUACGAACGUGUCAUUAUGCAAAACGGACGCUCAAUUGGACAGUUCGGCCUUUUUCUUUACAACUUACCUACUGUAGUAUUGUACCGUGUUUGAUGUCCGGUCAACGUGGGAAAAUUCAAACGGAGAAAAAAAAAUUUAUGAAUGCUAGGCCAUUCUUUUUUUGCAUGAUACGAGUAGAGUUGUAAGUGUAUGUCAGUGUGUGAUGCAUGUGUACCCGUCUUUUCUUUCAGUUCUUUGUUUCCUAAAUGGGAAAAAAAAAGCUUACUGUGUUUAACAGUUGUGGGGGUCUUUUUUUUUUUUCUUUUCUCACCCAUUUCUAAAAAUGAAAGUAUUUUAUUUUCUAGUAAGCUCUAGCAGAUCAAAUGCACUGGUGUUUUAAUGUGGAGUGCCAAGUAAAAGGCAAGGUACCAGUGUUACACAGCAUUUGAGGGAUCAUAUCUACUCGUAAACACGUAAAACUGUACACAUCCGGUAUAUUAGUAUGGGAAAUAUUUGAGGAGAAAUUAUUUCAAAAAUCCAAUUGUUGAGUUGUGUAGGUGUAUGCUUGUGUGUUGUGUGAUCGAGUUUUGUGUGGGUGAAAUUUCAUACUAUCAUACAUAUCUAAUUCAACUCUUAAAAAGAAGUUAAGAAAAAAGGAAAGUGUUUUUUUUGUUUAGUUUUUUUCCCCUCCCUCUGCUCAGUGCAAACAUUGAGAGAAGAAUACAAAAUCAUUAAUAUGGUCCCUUUGAGAUGCUGAUGCUCUUUGAUUACUUUGUUUAAAAAAGGAAAAAGGAAAAAAAGUGCAAUUUGGUGAUCGUCACAGACAUGUAUAGAUUUCAUUUUCUUCGCUUCUAUUGCUUCUAUUGAACAGCGUUUUUCUUUUUCUAAACAUUGUAGAUAGUUCAUUUUAUUUGCAUUUAGAAGUAUAAACACAUUUUAAACCUGUUACUUAAUUCUGUAAGUAAUUUUUAUAAUUAUUAUGUAAGUCUAUCCUUAUAAGAUAAAAAAAUAAAACUUCAUGUGAAAUUCGA